CCAGGGUCUGGUCUAUUUCCGACGGAGAAUAGGGCUUACAUCAUUGUUAGCUGGAGAUGCCAAAGUGGUUGCUGUGCGUGGCCUGCGUUCUUCUGGCCACGGUACUCGCACUGGACGAGGUGGACAAUAAUAGCCUUAAUGCCAACGAGACUGAAAGGUCGCCGGAUGCGGAAACGGACGCCAAAUUACCCAGCGAGGUGCAAAGGGCCGUGUGUACCGUCAAUGCUGGCGAGGUCAGAGCAUCCGCAGAAGCCGUCACCACCAAGACCUUGAAGGGAGUCUGCGGAUCGGAUGAAAUGAAUCUGGCUUUUCGCAAUCUGGAGGAGAAACUGUUUGGGGAAUUGCGUGAGAUCAAGGAGCUGCUGGCGAAGCUAAGCGAGCUGCGUGCACAACCAAGCAGCAACUCGAGUCCAUUGACGUCAGUUCCCUCAACGAAGCCAACUGCCAUAAAGAGAAUUAAGUUUGAGCAGAUCACCAUGAAGCCCAUCCCGGAGAAAAAGCAGCCGAUGCUUAAGCAAUUGGAAAACGCACCGGAGCGCGAGGAGGAGAUUGGCAGGUUUAACAAUACAAUGCUGGCGGAUCAGGAUUUUCAGUUGUUCACCUACUAUUGGAAGCUGGAGAACUUUACGGACCACAUUUCGAAUGCGUCGACUGCAACCGUCAAGAGUCCAAUGUUUAGCAUAAGAGGCGAGACACUUCAAUUGAAGUGCACAUUUCAGCAUUUGCACCGCGAUAUGAUAAAUUUGCAGCUGGCAUUGGCCUAUCCAGCGCAUGAUCCCGGCCAGGGUAAGGAAAACAACAUAAUGCUGGAUAUGGGCGGGCAAUGGAAGCAAUUGAAAUGGGCGGAUCGUGUCGCGUUUAAGCACAAAAUUUCACUAUUGGAUCAGAAUCAGAGCCAUAGACGCACACAGGACCUCAGCUCACAGGAGCUGACCAAGCUCGACAUGGGAUUUUCCAUACCGAAUAGCGCGAUUUUGGGCAGCAAUUAUGUAAGGCACAAUUCGCUUCUAAUACAAAUUAUUUUAUAUUUGUGA